AUUUUUCGUUGAAUUAGGGCAAUAAUUAUUUCAAGAACGACGCUUAUUCUUGAUCGGGUGAACAACUUGGGGUGGUCGACAUGAAGCUGCUCAAGAAGAACAUCAGUGAGAAGGAUGGCACGGGGUCGGUAUCUCUCCGCGCAGAGGAGCCGGAGGACAUGUGGCAUGUGUUCAACCUGAUUCAUAAAGGCGACACGCUCAAGACCACGACGGUGCGCAAAGUGGUCAAGGAAGGCGCCACGGGCUCGACGUCUAGCCAGCGCAUGCGCAUGAGUCUGGCACUUGAGAUCGACAAAAUCGACUUUGACCCGGCCAAGUGUUUGCUCCGCAUCAAAGGUGUCAACGUCGAAGAGAACCCGCAUGUUCGCAUGGGCGCGUCGCACACAACCGACCUAGAACUCAACAAGGACUUUACAUUGAAGAAGAACUGCUGGGAUCUCAUGUCGAUUGAGCGCAUCGAGACUGCAUGCAACGUAGCCAAACAGGCCGACGUUGCCGCGGUCGUGAUGCAAACCGGUCUUGCGCAUCUGUGCUUGAUCACUGGGCACAUGACGGUGAUCCGCGCCAAGAUCGAGAGCAGCAUCCCCCGCAAGCGUCCUGGAAACACAUCGCAUGCCAAGGGCGUCGAACGCUUCUACGACAACAUCGUCCAGAGCUUGAAGCGACACAUUGACUUCAACUUGGUGAAAUGCGUACUCGUAGCCAGCCCUGGAUUCGUAAAGGAUGACUUCUUCAAGUACAUGCUCGAGUACGCCGUGCGCACGGACGACAAGGUCCUUCUCGAGAACAAGGCGCGCUUCAUACUCGUACAUGCGUCUUCGGGGCACAAGCACGCGCUGGACGAAGUCCUCGCGGAUGCGAAAGUCAAAGUGCAGUUGGAAGACACCAAGGCCGCGGGGGACGUCAAGUGCCUGGAUACGUUCUUUGAGAUGCUGCACACGGACCAAGAUCGCGCCUACUAUGGGUACAACCAUGUGGUGCGCGCCAACGACCAGAAUGCGGUGGAAACUUUGCUGAUUGCCGACUCGCUGUUCCGAUCGCAGGACGUGCAAACGCGGCGCAAAUAUGUGACGCUGGUAGAGAAAGUCCGCGACAACGGCGGCGUCGUCCGGGUGUUUAGCAGUCUGCAUGUAUCGGGCGAGAAACUCGGCCAAUUGAGCGGCGUCGCAGCGAUCUUGCGCAUGCCGCUGCCAGAUCUGGACGACGAAGGCGAUGCCUCGGAUGAAGACAACGACGACGCGGCUGCUCUCGUAGCCACCACGGACAGUAGCGUUGUUGAGUUGGACGAUCUCGAGUACAUUUAAACAAGGGGGAGGCGAGGGGGGCUAAUGAUAUACAAUAGUAAUGGACUCCACUUUGGACUAACAUUUGUACAGAUAUCUUGGAGAGAGCAAUAAUGUAGAAAAGAUAUUAAAAAAAUAAUCUACUCAAAGUACA